UUUCACUUAAAUACGGAUGUGUAAAUGCGACAAACGAUAUGAAAAAAAAUCAACAACAUAUUGUUCUCACUUAUAUUUCCGUCAGACGCGUUGGUCUCCUUUGUGGGCAUAGAUAUUAGCUUAAAUCUGACAGCCUCCCAUUGACACCGCAUUAAAAAUCCAGUACAUUCGGAAUAUCCUUCAACACGGAAGUGAUCACUCCUGUUUACAGAUCACGGCUGAAACGCUGCGCAUGCAUGUCAGUUUUUGAGUGUUUAUUUGCGUGUGUUGUAUAUGCCUAUGAGUUUAUUCCAAAGAUAGUUAAGAGCUUCCAUUUGCCUCCGAGCCUAUCCCGGUGCGGUAUGGCAGCAGCAGCAGCGGCAGAGGGACCGGAGGACCGGAGGAGCGUUUCACCAGGAGCGCGGACAGGUGACGGGGAACCUGAGGAGGCCGAAGAGUUUACCUGCUCGGCCUAUUGCUCGGAGCUUUCCCGGCGGCAGAAUGAGCAGAGGAAGGCGGGGCUGUUUUGCGACGUAACGCUGGUCUUCAGCUCCGGUGGGGUGUCCCCCCAGGAGAGGGUCCAGAUCUGCACCGCUCACCGCUCCGUGUUAUCAGCGGCGUCGCAGUACUUUACUCUGAUGUUGGGCGGACAGUUCUCAGAGUCUGUGUCCGGGCGAGUGGAGCUGAAAGAGUGGAGCUCCACAACGGGUCCAGACCCAGACACAGUAGAGAGGGUCAUACAGUUUAUGUACACAGGAGAAAUAAGGGUCACAACUGCCAAUGUGGAUGAAGUUUUGGAACUUGCUGACAGGUUCCUGUUGACACAGCUGAAGAGCUUCUGCGGAGAUUUUCUGAUGAAGAAGUUGAGCUUGGUGAACUGUGUGGCAGUGCACAGCCUCGCACACAUGUACACUCUGGACGAGCUGGCUAGGGGAGCUGCCAAGACGAUUCGUAGAAACUUCCACAGAGUGAUCCGUAAUGAGGAGUUCUUCACGCUACCGUUUCACCUGGUGCGAGACUGGCUGUCUGACCCUGAGAUCACUGUAGACUCAGAAGAGGAGCUGUUUGAGGCUAUCACCAACUGGGUUCAGCAAAACACAAGCGAGCGAGAGAAGCACUUUGAAGAGCUGUUCAGACUUUUAAGGCUGCCUCAGAUCGCUCCUACCUACCUGACGCGGGUGGUGCGAAAAGAGACUCUGGUAGCGAACAGUCCGGCUUGUUGUCAGCUGGUGUGCGAUGCUCUUGAGGUGCUUGCUAUGCGCUCCAUGAGCCACAAGACUGUUGAUUUCCUGCCCCGCUCUUCCUCCACGGAGGAAACUCAGCCACGUUUUGGCCAGAACAUGGACGUAAUCAUGGUCGUGGGUGGUGUUUCAGAAGGAGGGGACUAUCUGAGCGAGUGCGUGGGUUACCUGGUUGCUGAGGACCGUUGGGUUAACCUGCCACACAUUCAUAACCACCUUGACGGACAUGCAAUCACAGUGACUGACAGCCAUGUUUACGUGGCAGGAUCUAUGGAACCAGGCUUUGCCAAGACGGUGGAGCGCUACAACCCCAACCAGAACACCUGGGAGCAGUUCAACAGCCUGACCACACGCAAGCACUCAUUUGCCCUCUUGUGUGUCAGAGAUGUUCUCUAUUGCAUUGGCGGCCAUGGCAACUUCAGCCCGGGCUUCAAGGAUGUUACAGUGUACUCCCCUGAGCAGGAAGCGUGGUGCAACCUCGAUCCAGCACCAAAAAUACUCAGAGAUGUGAAAACAGUGAGUGUGGAGGACCGCUAUGUGUAUGUGGUGGCCAGGACCCCUGUAGACGUGGACAAUGAAGACGGAUUGAGCACUGUGACCAUUUGUUAUGAUACAGAGACUCACAAGUGGCAAGAAGUGGACUCCUUACCACUCAUUGAUAAUUACUGUACUUUUCAAAUGGCUGUUGCAACGACCAACUUCUAUCACACCGCUUCCUGCUGCGCCAAGAGCUACAAGACCACAGCUGAGGUCCCCCAGCAGAAGACGAGCAGAGACUUCUCAGAAGACAUCCUCGACAGCCUCCCUCCAGAGGUUCUGAGCAUCGAAGGUGCAGCUGUCUGCUACCUUGAUGAAGACAUCUUCAUCAUCGGUGGGUGGAGGAACAGUAACCACAUGGACAAGCAGUACCGCAGAGAGGCUUAUCGUUACUGUGCUAACAGGAAGCGCUGGAUGCUGCUGCCCCCCUUACCUGAGCCGCGCUGCCGGGCUGCAGCCUGCCAUGUUCGAAUCCCUUACAGGUAUUUGCAUGGUUGUCAGAGUUACCCCAUGCCGCAGAACCUGGCACGCCAAAGAGAACGCAUGCAGCAGAUGCAGCAACUCCACCGCCGCACCCUCACUCUGCGCAGACAGCUGCAGUCUCAAAUUGAAUGCUGAGGUUGAAAAAAGGUUGGCAUUACAUUUUACCUUGUCUGGUUAGCACUUACUCAGCAAAUUGACUUCUUGUUGUUACAAAUUUGCCGUAUUUCUUUUGACGUGAGAUAUUGGUACAUUUCAUUUGAUCAUGGUAGUCAAAAUUAAUGAGAUACCAAUUGGAUACGUCUUCCAGAACGCCCCCUAAUUUCGACUCAGAGGAACUUCAGUUAUCCAAAGCUCUAGAUCCAAAAUGGCUGCUCCCUGCAUCAACAAUAAUAACUAGAUGUAAUUUCAAUAGUGUCUUUUAGCAACUUAGUCUUGUUUUGUGCAGUUAGAUCAAUCACAGCUGCUGUAUUGUGCAAGUAUUAGCUAACAAUUAAAGGGGCUAAUGGCUAAACAACAUUCCAACUUUGUUUUCAAAUGAUAACUGGAAUGCAGUAUACUUCUAAGGUAAAUGGAACCUACCAUAUCUGCAUGGGUUACUUGUGGUUGAUUUGCAUAAACAGAAGAUUGAAGUGUUUUACUGUUUUAAGCAAAAGAAUUCAGAUUAACAAUUAACUUUUUGGCCUUACAUUAUUAGCUGUUGCCUUAUUGUUUGAAUGCUACUUAACAUAGCUGUGAUGCAGUUACUUUUUCUGAAGAGACUUGUUUUUUUUUUUCAAACAAAAUGCUCCUAAGCUUUUUAAAUAUGAUUGUAAGGGGAAGUUAUAUAUACUUACAGUUAUGAUACAAUCGACACUUCAGUUACACUUCUGAAACUUUUGGUCAACUUGAUUUGAGUGUUAAGACUUAGAGAAGAAUAUGAUGUCUAUAUUUAUAAUGAUGUCAGACUAAAAGAAACAGUCGGGAUCAUAAAAACAACUCACUCUCAUUACUUGAAUAUAUCUUGUUCCGACACUUCCCUGCGUGGUUGUACCAUAUUUGCACUGUAGGGAUUGAAAUAUGCACAUGUACUGUAUAUUGUGUACAUGUGUAGUGUGCAUGCAGUGUCCCUCUUUAAUAAGACAAUCAUUUGUCCGAAUGUUUGUUAUAGAAUUAGGUAAGGGGACGGUUGGUGAUUUCUCACUAAAGCAAAAGACUGUUUAGUGAAAUGUUGCACUUAAAUAUGUGCACUCAGAUAGAUUACACAGAUUAUACAGAACUAUUUUUGCUAUUCUGAGUUAUUUCUUGGUUUUGAGGAGCUACUAUCCAACAUAAAAAGAAGCACCAGCUCUUCUUUGCAAAAUACGAAGUCCUAUAUCUGAUUUAAGGGGCUCUGAGGUUAUGAUGGAGUGAUUAAGUAUGUUCCUAACCUAUGAGAUAUGUGAAACAUAUUCAACCAGGGGGCCAAGGGGGUUUUGUGCAUGGUUCUCUUAAUAUUCUCAAAUGUGCCAUAAACUCCCACUUGCCCUUAUUGAUAAAGCUGAAUUAAUUGUAUUUCUUGCACUUAAGGAUCUUGAAUGUAAACUUGUAUUGUGUUGUUUUUUGGUUACAAUGCUUUGAGUAAAGAAUGUUGCGUGAACCAGCUGCUGCUGUUAAAAUAGCUUAUGCCUGUGGUAUUCUUAGCCAAGCUGGCAUCAUUAAAUUUGGCUUUGUGAGCCUAGCAAUUUCCCAUUGAUACACAAAAUAUAUGUAAGUAAUUUUAGGUCCUGAUGAAAAUAUAAUCAUAUGAUUUUUUUUGUUCUGUUUUUUGAGGUUUCAAUGGAGAAUAACUUGCUAAGCACAUUUUAUCUUGUGAGGACCAUAGGAUUAUAACAGAGGAGCAGAGUAGAUUGACAGGUGGAUGUCAGUCUUAAGCAGCAGUAUAUUAGUUUCACAGUGAAGGUUUGGUUUCCAGAUUACUGUCUAUUUUUGAUUGUACAAGAGAGAUGCUGGUUGAGGUCAAAUUUUCCAAGUAUUGCCACAUAUGCUGCUUCUACCUUCCACAUGUUGCCAUUCCAUUUGUGUGCAUAAAAUGCAAAUGUACAAACAUAUGCAAUAAAUAAGUAAGAAAUAC